UGCGGACACAGGCUUUUACAGCGCUCAGAAGUGCGGCCACGCCGGACGUUGCAACACCGAUAAAAUCAAACUUAUCAGCUACUAAGGAAUCUUGCUGUAUUUGAGCAUGGCCGACGGGGAGGGGUUCGUGGUGCGCAUACGGGGUCUGCCUUGGUCUUGCUCUGUGGACGAAGUUCAGAGGUUUUUCUCAGAUUGUAAAAUUGCAAGUAAUGGCACGAGUAUCCACUUCACAUACACUCGUGAGGGCAGGCCCAGUGGAGAAGCCUUUGUGGAGCUGGAGUCGGAGGAGGACCUGAAAAUCGCAGUCAAGAAAGACAGAGAAACAAUGGGGCACAGAUAUGUGGAAGUGUUCAAGUCCAACAACGUGGAGAUGGACUGGGUGAUGAAGCACACGGGCCCGAACUGCCCCGAGACAGAGGGGGACGGGCUCGUGAGGCUCCGAGGGCUUCCCUUCGGCUGCAGCAAGGAGGAAAUCGUCCAGUUCUUCUCAGGGUUGGAAAUCGUGCCAAAUGGGAUAACAUUGCCGGUGGACUUCCAGGGGAGGAGUACGGGGGAGGCCUUCGUGCAGUUUGCUUCACAGGAUAUAGCUGAAAAGGCUCUAAAGAAACACAAGGAAAGAAUAGGGCACAGGUAUAUCGAGAUUUUCAAGAGCAGCCGUGCGGAGGUGCGGACGCACUACGAGCCCCCCCGCAAGGCCAUGGGCAUGCAGCGGCCAGGCCCCUACGACCGGCCCGGGGGCGGGCGCGGCUACAACAGCAUGGGCCGUGGAGGCUCCUUCGACAGGAUGCGCCGCGGCGGCUAUGGCGGAGGUGUGUCAGAUGGGCGCUAUGGUGAUGGGAGCUCCUCCUUCCAGAGCACCACUGGUCACUGUGUUCACAUGAGGGGGCUCCCAUACCGAGCUACAGAGACUGACAUCUACAGCUUUUUCUCCCCGCUGAACCCCGUGCGUGUGCACAUUGAGAUCGGCCCCGAUGGGCGUGUGACUGGCGAGGCAGACGUCGAGUUUGCCACCCACGAGGACGCGGUGGCCGCCAUGUCCAAGGACAAAGCCAACAUGCAGCACCGCUAUGUUGAGCUGUUUCUAAACUCCACUGCAGGAGGAAACAAUGGAUCCUACGGCAGUCAAAUGAUGGGGGCCAUGGCCAACCAGUCGACCUACGGGCCCAGCAGCCAGCAGCUGAGCACUGGCUACAGUGGGGGCUACAGCAGUCAGACCAGCAUGGGAGGCUACAGUGACUACAGUAACCAGAGCGGAAUGAGCAGCAGUUACUAUGGCGGCGGCAGUCGUGGCUCAGUGGGGAUGAACGGGCUGAAUGGGGGUAUGAGCAUGGGAGCGGGGUGGGGCAUGUAGGAGCCUGGGCCGGGGCUGGGGUGGGGGACAGGGGCGGUGCUAUCCAGAGUGCCAGCACUGAAGAUUGAGCACCCCCCUGAGCUGCUGACUGUUGCUCUGUGUCGGAGAGGGGCUGAGAUUCUGUACAGAACGGGGGGCUGGGCUAAAAUUUGUUUUCUAGAACACUUGCGUGAGAUGGAGGGGAAGGGGCUACAAGGGACUGUUUUGAUGGGGAAGAGUUGAUUUUUUUUUUUAACCCCUCCCCUCCUUUGCUUAGACUGAUGCCAGGGUGUUUAGAAUUUCUUUUAGAGGGGCUAAAACCAUGGGUAUCUUGGUUCCCUGCACAUUAUGUCCGUAGGUAAAAAAUCUGUAGAAUUCAGCCCCGAAUGACUGAUGUGUGGUGUUUCUGUCAAGUGCAUGAAUUAAACAUGCUUUUU